AUGCCUCCCCUCCUCCAGCCGUCUUCGACCAUUCUCCUCCCCCAGCUACCCCCGAAAACCCUUGUCGGCAUCGACCUCAUCACCUUCACCUCGACAACCAACUUCCACGGAAUCCGAGAUCUGCCCCACGGAUGGCAUUUCCUCUAUACGGGGACAACAGAGAGCCUGUCGCUGCGCUGCGGAGCGUGGUUCUAUGUCGGUGAUCUCCGCACUGCCGGCAAUGGCCGCGAUGAUAGUACUGCGCUGGUCGCGGCGCACAGCCAGAACACAACCCCGGAGAUCUAUAUCUGGCGAUGGAGCUCGGAAUCCGAGGCUCUAGAUACACUGAAGCAUGGUAGCGAUGCCGAUCGCCAGGAGGCCAUGCGCUACAAAGCGAAUCUGGGCGCAACCUGGCAGAGCGGGGGCUUGUUCCGGUAUCGUAGUCGGGUGUCGCCGUCCCUGUUAACUGCUCAGCCGGGAUCAGGACAGACUGUACAGAAGCAGGACGAGGACGAGGACGGCGAGACUGAAGAAUCUGGUCGGCGGGACUGGCAGGGUCUCACGGACCGCAUAUCGCCGAGCCUCCUCUCCCGGAUUGUGGGAAGUCCUGAGCUGGAUGUGGACGGGCGUCCACGCUGGGCUGUGACCACGGCUAGUACUGCCAGUCGUGACGCAGAUAAUAUCCCCGGGCUGGAUCCAUCAACAGAGGGACCAGACGGAGUCUCAGAAACUGGCGGCGAACAAGAAAGAGCCUUUGGCUUUCUACCCAUCGACUUGAAACGGACAUGGCGAGAGGGCGCCGUGGGCCGGGAACGGACAGAGGCUGCCCAAGACCGCUCCUGGGCGCUCGGGGACCUAAUCAACCGGUGUUCCGCCGAGGCCAUGGAAGAUGGCCAGACAGGCGAAACACAAUUACUCGGAGAACUGCAGUUCACGUUCCUCAUGGUUCUGACCAUGAUGAACUACUCGUGUCUGCAGCAGUGGAAGCGCCUCCUAGAGCUAAUCCUGACAUCCAAACAAGCCAUCACGGAUAGAGAAGGGUUCAUGAGCGACGUGCUUCGGCUGUUGUCACUGCAGCUGCAGCGGUGCGACGACGUCGAGGGCGGAAUCUUUGAGAUCGACGGCGACGAGGGGGGAGACUUCUUUCGCAAGCUGCUCAUGAAACUGCGGGCUUCGAUCGAUGAAAUUCUUGGGAACGAUGUCCAGUCAGCUGUGAAGUCGGAGCUCGAGAAGCUGGAUGCUUGGGUUAAAGAGGAGUAUGAUUGGGAACUGCAUCGCGAGGCUAUUGUCCGACGCGGUAUGGUCCAGCUUGAAGAUGGUGAGGAGGUCGAAUUGGAAAUGGAUGGGCAUGAUGAGGAUGAGGAGACGGGCGAGUAUGCUCCGCUUGUUGUGGAUUUGGGUGGAAGUGGCAUGCCGGAUGAUGGGAAUUUGCAGGAUACAGAAAUGGGUGGGUAG